AUGCAACUGCUUCAUUUCUGGCUCUCCUCCGCACUCGCCCUCGCGGCGACUGUGAGAGGCCAAGACGACAACACCGCAAAGGUUGAGGCGGCUCUGGCCGCUAUCACCGUCACCAACCUUGCCGAUGUCCGUGGCAACUUGUACCUACCCGCCACCAUUGACGGCCUCAAUGUCACCUGGGCAAGCAACUCUUCCUCGGUUAUCUCAAGCAGUGGUAUUGUCGUAAGACAGGCCGAGGAUACCCAUGUGGCCCUCACCGCUUCCAUUGACUCCGAAGGCAGCUCUCAGACUCGAGAGCUGGUCGCUUCCGUCCGCAAAGCCGUGGCUCUUGACCCCUUUGCGGGCUACGCGUUCUCUUACUUCACUGGAAACUCCAUUGCUGGAGAGAAGAUCUACUUUGCUGCUAGUCAGGGCAACGAUGCUCUGCAGUGGACCGAGCUCAACGGAGGUCAGCCCGUCUUGACCUCUACAUACGGCACCAAGGGUCUUCGCGACCCAUUCCUCAUCAGGUCCCCCGAGGGUGAUACCUUCUAUGUCAUCGCCACCGAUCUCUCCAUUGGCUCCGGCACAUCUUGGGGUGAUUCAGUGCGCAUCGGUAGUCGGUACCUCGAGGUUUGGGAAUCCAACGAUCUCAAGACCUGGUCAGCGCAGCGACAUGUAUUAGUUUCCCCUCCUGAAGCAGGAAACACAUGGGCUCCCGAGGCCUACUAUGACGACGACCUUGGUGCCUAUCUAGUAUUCUGGGCAUCAUCUCUCUACGAGGACAGCGAUGUCAACCGUACUGGCAGCACCUACCACCGCAUGCUUUACGCAACCACUCGCGACUUUGUAACCUUUUCCGAGACUUCUGUCUGGCAGGAUGCCGGCAUGUCGAGAAUUGACUCGACCGUCAUCAAAUCGGCCGAUAUCUACUACCGCUUCACAAAGGACGAAGGUGCUAGCGGUACUGGAUGUAGUGAUAUCAUCCAAGAGAGCUCUACGUCUCUUCGCGCUACCCUGGAUUCAUGGACCAUCAUCGACUCCUGCAUCGGCAAGAAGGCUGGUACCAGCGCUGUCGAGGGCCCGACUGCCUUCAAAUCGAACCCGGACGACGUCCACGGCGAGAAGUUCUACCUCUUUGUUGAUGAGUACGGCGGCCGUGGCUAUAUCCCCCUGGAGACUGCCGACAUUGGCAACCCUGACUGGGUAGUCUCAGCAUCCUACAGCUUGCCGGCCAGCCCGCGUCACGGAACUGUCAUUCCCGUCACCGCGGUCGAGCUUGCUUCCUUGACUGAAGCAUCGGCCACACGCAGAGCUGUCGAAGCUGAUGGCGAAAUUCUCCGCUACGACUUCUCAGCUGUUGAUGGCACGACGCUCCAAGAUGCUUCUGGAAAUGGUAACAACGCUGUGAUCAAUGGUGGUGCUACUGUUGUGGAUGGUGCUCUCACCUUUGACGGUGUUGAUGACUUCGUCAAGCUUCCCAAUAACAUCUUGUCGGGCGUCGAGGACGUUGCGAUCGAGGUUCAAGUCUUGCUUGAUGCUUCUCAGACAACGCCUUACUUCAUCUACGGCAUUGGCAACACUGCUGCCGAUGGCAACGGAAACGGAUAUCUCUUCACCACCGGAAGUCCUUACAGAGCUAGCAUUACUACCGGCAACUGGACGGGUGAGAAUUCAGCAGCUUCCAGCUCCUCUCUUCCCACGGGAUCUUGGCUGCACCUUGUCUACACUAUCUCGGGCCGCACCUCCGUCAUUUACCUGAAUGGAUAUGAAGUUGCUCGAAAUGAGGAUGUCAACAUCGAUCCUGAGAACAUCGGCAACGGCGUCACAACGGCCAACUACAUCGGCAAGUCUGUCUACUCCAGCGAUAAGCUCUUCAAGGGCCAGGUUCGCGAGUUUGCGAUUUUCAACAGGUCCUUGACCGCUGCCGAGGUUCUCUCUCGCUCUGGAAACGUCGGCGCCAUCACCGAAGUUUCUCUUUCCGAUGCCUCCGCCUUGAAGGUACCCGCCAUCAUCAAUACCACUGACUUCAAAGUCUUGUUCCCUGUUGUGCCGGGCACCGACGUUACCACUCUUGCCCCUGUCUUCACGACGACCGAGGGUGUAACCUCAUCUCCUGCAUCUGGCUCAACUGUCGACCUGAGUGCACCGGUGAAGUAUGUGCUGUCCAAGGGUGACGAAGUUGUCGGAGAGUGGACCAUUAGCGCCGUGGAGAUGGGUAGCCCCGUCCUGCCCGGCCUCUACGCCGACCCCAACGUCGCGGUCUUCAACGGCGUCUACUACAUCUAUGUCACCACUGACGGAGUUCCGGGCUGGGGUGGAAACACAUUCUACUCCUGGAAGUCUACCGAUCUCGUCACCUGGACUCGCAGUGAGGAACCCUUCCUCACCCUCGAUGGAGCCAACGGCAAUGUUCCCUGGGCGACCGGUAAUGCUUGGGCUCCUACUAUCGCCGGGCGUGACGGAAAGUACUACUUCUACUUCAGCGGCCAGAAUGCAGCUCUGAACAGGAAGACGAUUGGCGUCGCCGUAGCCGACUCCCCCGAGGGGCCUUUCACUGCUCAGCCGGAGGCCAUGAUCCUCAACAAUGAGGCCGUCACCACAGGGCAGGCUAUCGACCCGGCGGCUUUCCACGAUACGGUAUCUGGCAAGUACUACAUUUACUGGGGCAAUGGCAGCCCUCUCGUGGCAGAGCUGAACGACGAUAUGGUCUCCGUCAAUUGGGACACCGUCCAACCUAUGACUGGCCUUGUCGACUUCCGAGAGGGUCUUUUCAUGGUUUACCGCGAGGGUCUCUACCACCUCACCUACUCCAUUGACGAUACCGGAUCUGAGAACUACCGUGUUGGUUACGCUACCUCCAAGACUUUCAACGGUCCUUGGACAUACCAAGGCGUCAUCUUGCAGAAGGAUACAUCCCAAGGUAUCCUCGGCACCGGCCACAACUCCAUUCUCAACGUCCCAGGCACCGACGACUGGUACAUUGUCUACCACCGCUUCGGUAUCCCCGGUGGUGGCGGUUACAGACGCGAGACCACCAUUGACCAUCUGUAUUUCAACGCCGACACAGGGCUGGCCAUUCCGGUCAUCCCUACUCUGACGAGCGUUGAGCCUCAGACUGUUCCUCAACAGUUCCGGCGCAUGUCGCGCGUAAUGCGUUUUUGA